CUCCACAUUAUAUAGAGCUCACUGGCUGCACCAAGAUGGCGGAUUCAAUCUCAAUGCGCGUAGCUCUUUUUGGCAUCAGAAAAACUUUUCCAAAUGUUAAACAACUGCAAACGAAAGAUCUGGAUGAAUUUAUAGUUGGAAACAAGUAUAAAAACCUUAUUUUAUUGGAUGUUCGUGAGCAAGAUGAAUAUGAAGUGAGUCAUUUGCCAAAUGCAAUACGAGUUGAACCAGACGAGGCUGUUGACCAGGUUAUGACGAAGAUAAAAGAGAAGUUAGAAGAUAUCUCAAACUAUCAUGUCAGGGUUGUUUGUUACUGUUCAGUCGGUUAUCGCUCAUCAGCGAUGGCACAAAAACUCUACCGUCAAUUUAGAAGAUUGAUAGAAACAGAACAAAUUGACAUUGUGUCCAAAAUAUAUAAUCUUGAGGGAGGGAUAUUUAAGUGGGCCAACGAAGGAAUGGAACUGAUUGAUUGUAACAAUCAGGAGACAAAAUAUUGUCAUCCAUACAACUUCCUGUGGGGCAAACUGCUUAAUGCACAGCUUCGAAUAAGUGAACCCACAAAGCAGCUGGCUCAAAAUUGUUAAAGCAUUGUUUUGCA